AAGAGAAGUUUUGUACUUUUGAUUCAGCGUCCGCUGUUUCUUCCAAUUUAUGUUCAGUUCAGUUCAGUUUAAGACGAACAAAACGUCGUUUUAUGUUACAAAAUGGAAUUUUUCAUUCACCCUUUGUAGACUUUUCCAAUUCCCUCUAUUUCUCUCUCUUCCUACCUUUCUCUGCUUGUAGAACCAACCCUUCAAAAUUUGUCAACUCCUAAGUUUUCUGCUUGAUUCAUGUUUCUUUUCAUUCUCCAAUUGGUGCCCCUUUAGCCUUAUCUUGAGUCCUUGACCUUGGUCUCUUUUUUUUCUUCAUUGUUUUUUCUUUCUGGAUGAGGGAUUUUGAUGGUGUGUAAUAUCUAGAGAAACAAAAGAUCACAAAUUUAAAUACAAAAAAGGAAACUUUUUAUCAGAGGAGUGGUUUUGUGCAAGCAAAGCAAGGCAAAACAAUGAGCAGAAAGAAAAGGGUCUUUUCCAUUAACAAUAUUGAAGAGGUUGCGGUUGACUUCUUCAACCAUCUCUUGCAGGAGAAGCCUCAGAUUCCGUUCUUCAUUCCUCUGAUUCUGAUUGCUUGGGUUAUUGAGAGAUGGGUCUUCUCUUUCUCCACUUGGGUUCCUCUUGCACUUGCUGUGUGGGCUACUAUACAGUAUGGGAGGUAUCAACGCAAACUACUAGUGGAGGACUUGGAUAAGAAAUGGAAGCGAAUUAUACUAAACGUCUCGCCCAUCACACCAUUGGAGCACUGUGAUUGGCUGAAUAAGUUGUUGACAGAAGUCUGGUCCAACUAUUUUAACCCCAAGUUCUCAAAAAGGUUAUCAGCUAUAGUUGAGAAACGUUUAAAGCGCCGGAAACCAAGAUUUCUAGAAAGAGUCGAGCUGCAAGAGUUUUCACUAGGAUCAUGCCCUCCUAGCUUGGCUCUGCAAGGGAUGCGGUGGUUAACUAUUGGUGAUCAGCGUGUCCUGCAACUGGGUUUUGAUUGGGACACUAAUGAAAUGAGCAUUUUGAUGCUUGCUAAGCUUGCGAAGCCAUUCAUGGGAACUGCUCGAAUUGUGAUCAACAGUCUUCAUAUCAAGGGUGAACUUCUAUUUACACCAAUUCUAGACGGAAAAGCACUUUUGUUUUCAUUUGUAUCAGCUCCUGAGGUGAGAGUAGGAGUUGCCUUUGGAAGCGGUGCAAGCCAGUCACUUCCUGCCACUGAGUGGCCUGGUGUUUCUUCUUGGCUGGAAAAACUUUUUACUGACACCUUGGUUAAAACCAUGGUGGAACCUCGGCGUCGUUGUUUCACUUUACCUGCGGUUGAUUUAAGGAAAAAGGCUGUUGGAGGCAUUAUAUAUAUUAGAGUGAUUUCAGCAAAUAAACUUUCUAGGAGUUGCUUCAAGGCAUCUAGGAGGCAACAAAAUGGUACAACUUCAGAAGACAAUUUUGAUGACAAGGACCUACAGACAUUUGUAGAGGUAGAAGUUGAGGAAUUAACCAGGAGAACAGAUGUCAGACUGGGUUCCACCCCUAGAUGGGAUGCACCAUUUAAUAUGGUUUUGCAUGAUAAUUCAGGAACUCUUCGUUUCAAUCUUUAUGAGAAUUGUCCCAGCAGUGUGAAGUGUGACUAUCUAGCUAAUUGUGAAAUCAAGAUAAGGCAUGUUGAAGAUGAUUCAACAAUAAUGUGGGCAAUAGGACCUGAUUCUGGGGUCAUAGCAAAGCAAGCACUGUUUUGUGGAGAUGAAAUUGAAAUGGUUGUCCCAUUUGAGGGGGCCAACUCUGGAGAGUUGAAGGUGAGCAUUGUAGUAAAAGAGUGGCAAUUUUCUGAUGGUUCACAUAGCUUGAACAAUCUCCGGUCUAGCUCUCAGCAAUCACUUAAUGGAUCAUCAAAUCUUCAGUUAAGAACUGGAAGGAAGCUUAACGUAACUAUUGUGGAAGGAAAGGAUCUUGCUGCAAAAGAAAAAUCUGGGAAAUUUGACCCAUACAUUAAAUUGCAGUAUGGAAAGGUUGUCCAGAGAUCAAGGACUGCUCAUACUCCAAAUCCUAUCUGGAAUCAGACAUUUGAAUUUGAUGAGAUUAGUGGUGGUGAAUACUUAAAAGUAAAAGGCUUUACUGAGGAAACUUUUGGAGAUGAAAACAUUGGUAGUGCACAAGUAAACUUGGAAGGACUAGUUGAUGGCUCAGUUAGGGAUGUAUGGAUCCCUCUUGAAAGAGUGCGUUCUGGUGAAUUAAGACUUAAAAUUGAAGCAUUUAGGAUGGACGACCAAGAUGGAUCAAGGGGUUCAGGUAUAGGCCCAGGCAAUGGUUGGAUAGAACUUGUUCUGAUUGAAGGAAGGGAUCUUGUUGCUGCCGAUCUCAGAGGCACAAGUGAUCCAUAUGUGAGGGUACACUACGGAAGCUUUAAGAAAAAGACAAAGAUUAUAUACAAAACUCUUAACCCUCGCUGGAACCAGACCCUAGAGUUCCCUGAUGAUGGAAGUCCACUGGUACUUUAUGUCAAGGACCACAAUGCGUUGCUACCAACAUCAAGUAUAGGUGAAUGUGUUGUAGAAUAUCAAAGGUUGCCUCCAAACCAGAUGGCUGACAAGUGGAUACCUCUCCAAGGGGUCAAAAGGGGUGAGAUUCACAUCCAAAUUACUAGAAAAGUCCCAGAGAUGCAAAAGAGGCUUAGUCUAGACUCUGACCCUUCCUUGAGUAAACUACACCAAAUUCCAAGCCAGAUAAAACAGACGAUGAUCAAGUUCCGGUCCUUAGUAGAGGAUGGAAAUCUUGAAGGACUCUCUACAACAUUGAGUGAGCUAGAAACUCUAGAAGAUACACAGGAAGGGUAUAUAGCACAGCUGGAGACUGAGCAAAUGCUACUUCUCAGCAAAAUAAAGGAACUUGGCCAAGAGAUCACUAAUUCUUCUCCUUCACUAAGCAGAAGAUCUUCUGGAAGUGGGAACUAACCUUCAUCAAAUUAGUAUUUAAUAUUUUCACAUGCACAAUAUUUUGCUUAGGGGAGUCAUCAAGGACAGAUUUUGUACAUGUUUCUCAGACUAGAUAGUCUCUUCUUAUGCUACCACAUAUUGCUUGUAUAUGGUUAUUUGAUCAAUUUUUUGCUCUAGUGAAGUUCCUUUCUGGGGAGGGGGAUUCAUAAUAAAAAGGAGCAACUUUAUUCACACAUGAACAAGAAAUUAGUUUCUAUGAUUAUGGAUUUCCGUGAACUUCAAUAAAAAACAGA